CCAAGUUGGAGUGGUGCCUGAUACAGGUGAAAAUCAGUUUGCAGCUACUGGAAGAAAGAGGAGCAUAUCAAUUGUUUAAAACAAAAAGCCAGCGUUAACAGGCUCAGAGAAAUGAAGUUGAAAGGAAUAGAUGUAGCUCCUGAAUAGAAGCGAAAGUCCAACGUGAUUCCAUUAAAAUGACUUCUCAGCUGUCUCUCCCUGCAGGUGACUUCGGUAUCUACUACGUCCUUGCAGAGUGCACAGAUUACUGUGAUACCCUUCCAGUUAAGGAGGCUGAUGGGAACCAGCCCCAUUUUCAGGGUGUCACUGGCUUGCGGAACUUGGACAACACAUGCUGCGUGAAUGCCAUCUUACAGUGUCUCUGCAGCAUCUUGCCGCUGGUGGAAUACUUUCUCACCGGGAAGUAUAUCACCGCUCUGCAAAACGAUUGCAGUGAAGUUGCCACUGCUUUUGCCUACCUGAUGACAGACAUGUGGCUGGGAGACUCAGACUGUGUCUCACCAGAAAUAUUCUGGUCAGCUCUUGGCAACCUCUACCCAGCAUUUACGAAAAAGACACAACAAGAUGCUCAGGAAUUCUUGAUUUGUGUCCUAAAUGAACUUCAUGAAGCUCUAAAAAAGUACCACUACUCCCGGAGAAGAUCAUAUGAGAAAGGAUCUACUCAGAGAUGCUGCAGGAAGUGGACUACCACUGAGACAUCCGUCAUCACCCAGCUGUUUGAAGAGCAGCUCAAUUACAGCAUCGUAUGUUUGAAGUGUGAGAAAUGCACCUACAAGAACGAAGUCUUCACUGUCUUCUCACUCCCCAUUCCAUCCAAAUAUGAAUGCUCCCUUCAGGACUGUCUCCAAUGUUUUUUUCAACAAGACGCACUGACCUGGAACAACGAAAUUCACUGCUCCUUUUGUGAAACCAAGCAAGAAACUGCUGUGAGGGCCAGUAUUUCCAAAGCACCAAAAAUAAUUAUUUUUCACCUAAAAAGGUUUGACAUUCAGGGUACAACAAAAAGGAAGCUGAUUCAUUACCCACUCACUAACUUGGACCUCACUCCUUAUAUUUGCUCAAUUUUCCGGAAAUAUCCUAAAUACAACCUCUGUGCAGUGGUGAACCAUUUUGGUGAUUUGGAUGGUGGCCACUACACUGCUUUCUGCAAGAAUUCAGUCACCCAGGCCUGGUAUAGCUUUGAUAACAUACGAGCGAGUCAGUGAGAUUCCAGAUACUUCCGUUCAAAAUGCUAUGGCGUAUCUCCUGUUCUAUAGCUGCCAGCCCCUUUCCAUACCAAUACAAAAGCAUUAAGAGCCAGGAAAAUGGUGUUUCCUGAACACUGCAGAACAAGCAAUCAGCAUCUGGUGGUAGAGUUUUGCUUGGUCAUUAAACUCUUAGAACUUA